CGCAAGUGGGCGGACAGUAAAUAGCACUGCCGACCUGCCUUGUCGUCUGUUGAUUCUCAAGGUACAAUCUCUAUCUGCAGUAAGGGUUGGGUAGGUAUAUGCCUAGGAAGAGAAGAAUAUCCAGGGGCGCUACGAUAACCGCAACCUGUGCACAACCAGAACAAGGCGGAGUGGCUGUGCUGAGCUAACUCUUCAGUUGCGAUCAUUUCUCUUCGAAUUUACUCAAAUCACUGGCCAUCUAUUUGCUACACCACGUGCUUGUUUGCCCAUCUUACCCCGCCGUCGCGUUGGAGAUCUUCCGUCUGGUACGAUACCAUCUGCCACAUUUUUACCAACUUUUCAACGCCGACAGCACCCUGAAAACUGCCGAUUUAAACCAAUCGGCGCCUCUCCAUGUUUUCCCAAAAGAAACCCUACUCGGCAGUUACCGUAACGGUCGAGCGGUUGACCAGUGAGAGCUACGAGGAGGACGAUCUGAGCGGGAUCCCGGAUCUGGUAGAGGUCAUCAAAUUACAACCUACUGGCCCAACCGAAGCUGCCCGUGCGAUACGCAAAAAACUCAAGUAUGGCAGCGUACAUCGUCAACUUCGCGCCCUAACAUUACUUGACGGUCUGAUCGAGAAUGCUGGUCCGCGCUUCCAAAAGACAUUUGCCGACGAACCACUUCUGGAACGCCUGCGCUUCUGCGGCACUUCGGAGUUGUCUGACCCGGAUGUCAAGAAGAAGUGCUCCCUCAUGUUUCGCGCCUGGGCAGUAUCAUAUGCCAACACACCAGGCCUCGAGGGGAUCGCAAGGCUCCACAAGCAAAUGCCUCGACGGAAACAAGCUGUAACUCAAGAUCGAUCAAAAGUAAUCCGGGAGACAGAGAACAACCCAUUCACCGAGGAAGAGGCAGCAGGGUCUCGUCGCGCAGGUCCCUCUUCGCCUGUUUCCCUACCAGUAACCGGCCGCAUCGAGUCCUUCUCCUCUUUUGGCUCGUCAAAGGAUAAGAAGAAGAAGGACAAGGCCAAGCAUGGCAAGUCCGGCUCUCGUUCUUUCAACCUUGCGGCUGAGCAGGACCAGAUGAAGAGCACUAUCGCCGAGUCUUCUAUCGCAGCGACAAACCUGACGAAUGCUCUGCAGAGUGUCAACAGGGAGAUAGAGCGAGUCUCCCACAAUGCAACAGCCGUAAAGCACUUUGAGGCUUGCAAACAGCUCAGGCGGAAAAUUCUGCGCUAUAUUCACUAUGUCGAGUCGGAAGACUGGCUUGGCAGCCUCCUUCACGCCAAUGAUGAGUUGAUUACUGCUCUGAUGACCUUUGAACAACUGGACCGCUCCAUCGACGCGGACAGCGACUCGGAGGAUGAUAUGGCAGAGCAAGCGCAUGCGUAUAGGAUGGCAAGUGAGCGGGCGAAACAACAAGCCUCGCCUACAAGUCCAAGUCCUGUCUCACAGAUGGCUGGCCUGAGUAUCAGUCGCAGCCCACCUCCACCUCCGCGCCCAUCGGCCUCGUCAAAGCCACCGCCACCACCACCUAGACCCGCUGCGCGACAUAACGAAGAGGUCGAAGACGAUGACGACGACCCAUUUGCCGAUAGCAACGCCUUACCGACUCCUGGAAUAGAAAAGUCACAGCCAAAGUGGUGACAUUUUGCCAGUCAAGUCAAUUCGGAGACAUAUCCUUGACCACACAGCGCGAUGUCACACUUUUACAUGACAGCAAAUGCGAUGCCAAAUUAAACAAAAACCAUGGUUAGAUCUCUGGUUUAGAAACCGUUUUGGUCCUGAUUUAUAUGUUUUUUAUUGGCUUCAAGAUGAUGACAUCACAUGAUUUUACUUCUCUAAUUGUUUUGCAGUCUCGUACCAAAACGCAACAUUUCCCAAGUUUGGCUGAAAUGCUAAUAUAAGCACAGGUGCCUCGGCUCCCGAGGCAUGCAAGAAGUCCAAGAACAUCGAGUCAAGUCAAUUCCUGGGCUAGGCACGUUUUAGGCUAAGAAGCACUGUUGUAGUGUCUCUAUUGGUGCAUGCGGAACUCAGCCGCACCAGCCGAGGUGGCACCUCGGCUCGUUUCCAUACAUAUCGCUAUGAACUUCUCGUGACGUUUGCUGAUAUCUGACCAUGUCAACCCGCGCAUUUUGCACUAUGCCAAGUUGAAUUUACUAUGCCUUUUCUUAGGCUUAUUUCCACAGGCGAAAUCAUCCGGGGUAAGCAGUAGGCCAAGAAAACGUUGGUCGGGCUGACAUAACCUCCAUUGGUUAUUCGUGGGCCAGUUCCAUAUUCUCAACAUGCCGCGGAUUCCGACGAGUCUUUUUAUCUCAAAUCAACUUUGCCAUAUACCUGCAGUGCGGAUUAUUCGUUCGAAUCGCCUCUGGAAUUAUUUAAUCCUAGCCUUGCUCAUAUAUGUCCCUGUACUAUUUCCAAACUUUGGUCAAAUCGGAUCCGAUUUAAUAAUGGCAACUACUCAACCCGGCAAGUCCUCCAAUAUAACCAAGGAGAACCCGCCGUACUCGGCCGAUGUCCCUGGCUGCUCAAUCAUUGCCGGGGAGACACUUCCUCGAGCUCACCGAAAGACUUACAAGGAUGGGCUGCUUAAGCGCCCGAUAGACGCAGGCGAUGAAGUCAAGACGGUCUUCAACUUCCUACAGCGGAGUGCGGCUCGAUAUCCCAACGAGCCAGCCAUUGGGAGCAGGUCUCUCGUCAAAAUGCACUCAGAGACCAAAAAGGAUUCUAAUGGAGCAGAGAAAACAAUGUCAUAUCCGGAGCUGACCAGCUUCAAAUACAUGACCUAUUCAGAGUUCCACGAACUAGUACUAAAUCUAGCAUCGGGACUAAGAAAGCUGGGCCUCCAAACUGGCGACAUGUUGCAUAUCUUUGCUUCCACAAGCCCAAACUGGCUUGCUAUGUCACAUGCAGCAGCUGCCCAGUCAUUUACACUGGUAACUGCAUACGACACGCUUGGGGAGUCUGGUGUUCAGCAUUCCCUAAACCAAACGGAUGCUAGGGCCAUGGUGGUCGACGCACACCUUCUGGCCACCAUUAGGCGCCCGCUCGAAAAGGUCUCAACGGUUAAGUAUAUCAUCUACAACAACAACUCGGUUCUACAGCAGGUCAAUGCCGAGGAUCAGGUCCAGAAGCUCAAGGAUGCAUUUUUGGGACGAGAACUUACCUUCAUCAGCUUCGAUGAUGUCGUCGCUAUGGGCAAGGCUCACCCAUGCGAGCCAACCCUACCUCAGCCAACGGACAACUUUUGCAUCAUGUAUACGUCUGGAUCCACAGGACUCCCUAAAGGUGUCGCCAUAACGCACGAGGCCUUCGUCGCGGGAGCGGCAGGAAUGCACGGAACCGUCGCGAAUACGGUCUCGAAUGAAGACUUUGUGCUUGCAUAUCUACCGCUCGCUCACAUAUUCGAGUUGAUACUCGAGAAUAUAGUCAUAUACGUUGGCGCUACUCUGGGCUUUGCCACUCCAAGGACGUUGGCAGAUUCUGGCGUCAGAGGCUGUGGUGGAGACAUGAAGGAGUUUCGGCCGACUAUCAUGGCCGGCGUUCCGCAGAUCUGGGACACUAUUCGCAAAGGAAUCCAAGGCCGCGUCCAGAACUCUGGCCUGAUCAAGAGGACAGUUUUCAACGCCGCCUUGUCACUAAAGAGCUCCCUCGUCCAGUAUGGCCUCCCAGGUGAGGCUAUACUUGACAAGCUCGUCUUUGGGCAAGUCAAGGCCAUGACUGGCGGCAGACUCCGCUUCAUUGUCAACGGCGCGACUGGCAUUUCGAAGGAGACGGCUCACUUUCUGGCUAUGGUCCUCGCUCCAAUGAUCAGUGGCUACGGCUUGACGGAGACGUGCGCCAACGGUGCCCUCGGCUCGCCCCUGUACCGCCCCGCGCCAGGCGCCAUAGGCCCGCCCACUCUAUCCGUCGAGGUCAAGCUCGUGUCGAUACCGGACCUCAACUACUCAACCGACACGACGCCGCCGCAAGGCGAGGUACUGAUCCGCGGCGGGCCCGUGGUGCGCGAGUACUACAACAACCCGGAGGAGACUGCCAAGGCCUUCACGACAGACGGAUGGUUCCGCACCGGCGACGUGGGCGAGUGGGACGCCGAGGGGAACUUGCGCAUCAUCGAUCGCGUGAAGAACCUUGUCAAGCUCCAGGGCGGCGAGUAUAUCGCCCUCGAGCGCCUCGAAGCCGUCUACCGCGGCUCGCAGUUUGUCCAAGGCAUUAUGGUCUACGGAGACUCGAACCACCCUCGGCCCGUCGCUGUCGUGUCCCCGGUACCGAAGGCUCUCGCCAGCGUCCGUGGCGGGCCAGACGCUGACGCGGAUGUUGCCGACCUCGAGGCUUUGGCUGCGGACCCGGUCACCCAGGAUGCAGUGCUCAAGGACCUUGUCCGUCUGGCGAAGGCGGCUGGAUUUACGAGGCUCGAGACUGUUGUGGGCGUCGUGAUCGUGUCGGAUGAAUGGACCCCUGCGAGCGGACUUGUGACUGCCACACAAAAGCUCAACCGUAAGGCUCUCUAUGAGGAGUACAAGGACAAGAUCCAAGCCUCCCUCGCCCAAUAGCGACAUCUGCUUUUGUAUAUUAUUCACACCAACAGAGACGAACGUGAUGCUUCAUAGUUCAUGCAGCGGAUGUGUUUGCAUUAAUAUUUCAUCAUUCAAGCAUUAAUAAAGACGGUUAUUCAAUUAUAGGUGCCC